UCAAAAAUUUCGUUUUUUUUUUAAGACUUUAGAAGUAUUUUUAUUAUUUUUAAGUUAAGACUACAUAAAAUGAUUAUUAAAAAAAAAAUGUAUACACAAUUUAAGAUUAUCAAUUUGUGAAUUUUGAAUGACACAGUAUGUAUUAGUAUGAUACUUCAAAUUUAAAAUUAUUGUACCUAAAUAUUGUUAUGGCUGAAGAAAUAGAAAAUUUUUACGGAGUCUACCUACUAUAUUGUCUAAACGAAAAGAGCAAAGGAAAAACUUACAUUGGCUAUACCAAGGAUCCUAAUCGCCGAAUAAAACAACACAACAAAGGUGUCAAAAGCGGAGGAGCCAAAAAAACCAGUCUUCGUGGGCCAUGGGAAAUGGUUUUAAUAGUACAUGGAUUUCCCAACGAUAUAUCAGCAUUAAGAUUUGAAUGGGCAUGGCAAAAUCCCAAGACAUCCAGACGAUUGAAACAUGUAGCACCAAAAUCGAGAACUGAAAAGGCUUAUGACUAUUGUAUUCGCAUACUUUCUGAAAUGUUGCACGUGGGUCCAUGGAAUCGUCUAGCAUUAAAUGUCCGGUGGCUGAAUAUGCUUUAUCGACGUGAUUUUAGUGAUGACAAAUUUCCACCCAUGCACAUGUCUAUAUGUCAAGGACCAGUUGUAUGUAAGAAAACUGUGUCACCAAAUGAUAUCAGCUCGUUAGACAGCAGUAAAAGUCAAAUAUGUGUUUUGUGUGCACGUAAUUGUUGUGCAGAAACUAUACUAAAUUGUUUGGAUCCAGAUUGUCAAGCAGUCACCCAUAUUCAGUGUCUCGCCAAGCGAUUCUUAGGAUCAUCUGAUCAUAUUAUACCAAUAGAUGGUGAAUGUCCAGCAUGUGGAACCCGUGUUCUUUGGGGUGAUUUAAUUCGUCGAAAAAAUGGAUGCUAUAAAAAUUUAAUUUCUGCUGUCACAUAAUUAUUUGACAAUUUAUUUAUACAUUGUAUUAUGCCAUUGAUUAUGGUUUGAGUUCCUCUUUAAUAUAAAUUUAAUGUACAGUGUAUUUUUUAAAUGUGUAUUUUUUUUCUUCAAAUUAUUGAUUUUUGUA